UGAAGCGCGUAAUCACCGUGUGCCAUCAGCACAGCGGACAUUAGACAGAAAUAUCGUGAACGAAGCUUCAUAUUUUGGAAUUUUGUUUGCCAAUAAAACGGCCAGAGAGCGGUUAACGUACUCUAAUUCGUUUCUUAAUAUUUUUCAUCAGCGGUCUUGCCACAAAAUUCCCUCGAAGAAAGACAAGAGUUAAAAAGAGCAAGUGUCGUCGUUAUAAAAAAAGGAGUCUUGGCUGAAAUCCUUUAGACAACAAAGAUAACGCUUCUCGGAAAUAAAGGAGUAAUCCUUACUCAUUCUCUUUAGAUAUGAGUCAUGUGGUCGUCGACGGUUCACACGGUCUAGAGCAGCAGCUUGCUGUUUUAGGCUUGAACUCCGCUGAAGGACAGGGUGCAGGCUCUGGCCGACGUUACAUUCCUCCUCAUUUGAGAAACAAAGAUGCAUCAAAAAACGAUUCUCCAGGAUGGGAUGGUGGUCGAAGCAAUGGUUUUGUUAAUGGGUACCAUGAUGGUCGUAUGAAUGGUAUUGCAAACUUUGGUCAUGGACUUCCUCGCAGUGACAGAGGAGGACGUGGUGGCUUUCGUGGGAACAGGAACUGUGGUUCCUUCAACCAGCCAAUGCUUAAUACAGGUUAUGGCAGUUACGAGGUCAAAGAUGGAGGCUGGAAUUCUAUGGUUACCAGAGAUGCCUACACCAGCUUUGGAGGACGUUCUGACAUAGGCAAGACUGCGUUCUUCAACGACAGAGGAGCUGGAUCAAGAGGAAGGUAUGAGCGUGGAGGCUUUGGAGGAGGAGGAACAGUAGGGAACAGUCGUUGGGUUGAAGAGUCCAGAGAUGAAGAAGACUGGUCAACGCCAAUGCCCCCCAAUGAGCGUCUGGAACAUGAGUUGUUCUCUGGUAGCAACACUGGAAUUAACUUUGAGAAGUAUGAUGACAUUCCCGUGGAAGCCACUGGAACAAACUGUCCGGGGCAUAUUGAGAGUUUCCAUGAUGUGGACAUGGGAGAGAUCAUUAUUGGCAACAUAAACUUGACCCGCUACACACGUCCUACUCCUGUUCAGAAGUAUGCAAUCCCCAUCAUCAAGUCUAAGAGGGACCUGAUGGCCUGUGCUCAGACAGGCUCAGGGAAAACUGCAGCCUUCCUGCUUCCUGUGCUGAGUCAGAUCUACACUGAUGGGCCUGGAGAGGCACUGCAGGCCACUAAAGCCAGCACCCAGCAGGAGAAUGGAAAAUACGGUCGCCGUAAACAGUAUCCCAUCUCUCUGGUCCUGGCUCCAACCAGAGAGCUUGCUCUUCAGAUCUAUGAUGAGGCCAGAAAGUUUUCUUACCGCUCCAAAGUGCGUCCAAGUGUAGUUUAUGGAGGUGCAGACAUAGGCCAACAGAUUCGUGAUUUGGAAAGAGGCUGUCACCUGCUUGUGGCCACACCGGGCCGUCUGGUAGACAUGAUGGAGCGGGGGAAAAUUGGCCUGGACUACUGCAAAUAUCUGGUGCUGGACGAGGCAGACAGAAUGCUCGAUAUGGGUUUCGAACCACAGAUCAGACGCAUCGUGGAGCAGGACACCAUGCCUCUGAAAGGUACUCGCCAGACCAUGAUGUUCAGUGCCACCUUCCCAAAGGAGAUCCAGGUUCUGGCACGUGACUUUCUAGAGGAGUACAUCUUCCUGGCUGUGGGGCGUGUGGGCUCAACCUCAGAGAACAUCACUCAGAAGGUAGUUUGGGUGGAAGAGAAUGACAAGCGCUCCUUCCUCCUCGACCUGCUCAAUGCCACAGGCAAGGAUUCUCUCACUCUGGUUUUUGUGGAAACUAAGAAGGGUGCAGAUGCUCUGGAGGACUUCCUCUACCGCGAGGGCUAUGCUUGCACCAGUAUCCAUGGUGACCGCUGUCAGCGUGAUCGUGAGGAAGCUCUCCACCAGUUCCGUUCUGGCCGCUGCCCUAUUAUGGUUGCCACUGCUGUGGCUGCACGUGGACUUGACAUUUCCAACGUGAAACACGUGAUAAAUUUUGACUUGCCUAGUGACAUUGAGGAAUAUGUCCACCGCAUUGGCCGUACAGGACGUGUGGGAAACCUUGGUUUGGCCACCUCUUUUUUCAAUGAUAAGAACAGCAACAUUACUAAAGAUUUGCUUGACAUUCUUGUGGAGGCCAAACAGGAGGUUCCUUCCUGGCUUGAGAACCUAGCCUACGAGCACCAGCACAAGAGCACCAACCGUGGACGCCCCAAGAGGUUCUCUGGUGGCUUUGGGGCCAGAGAUUACCGGCAAGUGGCUGGAGGUGGGAACACCUUUGGCAGCCGUGGUGCUCGCAAUACUGGUGCCCAUGGAGGGAACCGAGGUUUCGGAGGCAAUAAAGGUGGCUUUGGGAGUUUUGGCAGUGACAGCUACGGGGGCAACUAUGGAAACUAUGUAGGAAACUAUGCCCAGGUUGACUGGUGGGGCAACUAAAUAUGUGUUUGUAGAGGGUCACCAUGCCAAACUAGCCGAACUGAAACCACAUGUUAUCAUAGCCAGACUCUACCCUCUGUGUAGCUUUAUGAACUCGGUACAUUACACGCUCAGAUUCUCGGCCCACGUUCGAAAGGGAACUGAUAAAGAGAAGAUCUGCGGUAAAAUUAGAGCAGACCGAAAUUGAUGCCCUCUUGUGUAUUUGAUAUAGAAUAUUACAACACCAAGGGUUUCAUCUUUUCUUUGUUUAAAAAAAAAAAAGGAUCAUUUGUAAGUGAAUGUACUGUGCCUUUUUGAAUAUAGACAGGAAUUUUGUUUCAUUAAUUUAAUUGAGUGAACUUGUCCAAGAGCUUAAUUUGUUUUUGCUGUGAAGGCAUUUGAAAGCUUGUACUUAAUCAAACCUUGGCAAACACUCAGAUAAUGUGGCUCAAAUGAGUCGCUGUUUCAUUUGAACUUCAAAUUAUCAUCGAUAUCAUGAAGCCAACAAUACAAGCCACUGAACUAAAACACCAACACUGAAGCUUUGCAGUUUAAACUGCUCUUUGAACAACUGUGUCACAAGGGACAAAUAGGUCUGACUUAUUUUUGUUUCGCUCACUCUAUCCUAGAUAGCCACCUAUUUAGGGAUAUGGUUGUCUUGGAAAAAGAUCAUUCCUGUUGUGAUUUAAUUCGACAAAAUAUUUGGAAAACACUCACUGUUUGAAAAUUCGAAAUGCUGGAACUUCUUACUCUACUUAUUUUAAUUGACUUGACAGUGUUGUGGCAGCUAGUAAGAAACACGUGCUAGCCACUGUAAGUGGGCAGCAUUUUUUGUAAUUUUCUUUUAUUUAAAACAACAUUUUAGAGAAGCAAAUGUGAUUAAAAAAACAUCAUGUUUUUUUGAUUAAAUGUUUCUUUAUUAAUGUCAAAACAAAAAAAUGCCUGCCAUCCUGAAAAUGAAGUUCAAACGGCUACUAACAGACCACAGAACCAAGGUGGCUGUGCCUUUCAAACAUGACUGCUUUGGUUAAACACGCAUGCUAGUGUUUUGUGUUUUGGUCAAGGAGAGAAGAAUAAUGAAUUGUCGCAGGCUUUGUUUUAAUACAAAUGUCCUCUUUUCAAGCUGCGUGGUAGGUAUGGCUCCCUUUUUCCAAAGGUAGAGGCCGCGCGAAAAUUCAUUUUGAGGCAGUGGCAGACCUGACCCUGGAAUUUGUUGGGUUGGGCUUGACCGUGAGUGCAGUUAGACAGGCCACCAUUUUAGCUUGAGUUAGGCCCCACUGUUCUGUUAGUGGGCCAAACACCAGGUGUUGUCCUCGUGGUACACAAAUGCUGUCAGCUCCUGAGGUUCAUCUGAUUUGAUGUGAACUAAACCACUGGCCAAAGAGCCAGUUUUCUGCUUCUUUUUAUAAAAGGAAGGAAGCAUUUGAGUGGAGAAGAAAUAAGGCAUUUAACACAAGUGCAAUAGAUUUUCUUCUCAAGUGAGUUGUGCCUUGAUUUAUUAUUACGUUUUUCUUAAUUGUUGAAUUCAAGCAGAUGUACUGACAGUAUUUAGAACUUAAAGUUGAAUGGUGCUACUUAAGUAAGGUCUAGGCCCAUGUAUGGUGUGCCCAUCACGUUUUACAAAGUUCUUUUAUUGCACAUUUAGAGUUUUAUAUUACUGUCUUGAGUUCAUGUGCUCAAGCUUCCAAAUAUUGUGUAAUGACAUGAGAAAUGCAGCUUGUUUACAAAAGGGGAAGUGUUCUCAAUAUUUAACAGGAUUUAUUUGGGACCAGGGGGAUUAGCAGUGGGGAAUUUAGCUGUAUGCACACAGAUUUCCACUUUUGCUGCUAGUUUUGUGUAAUUUAUUAAGCAUUUUUUGAGAAUAUUUAUUUUUAUAAGCCUCAAAGUGAUUCUUUGAAAGUUUCAAGAAACUUGACCAAAAGACAAUACCUAAACACUGGCACUUGAAUGUUGAAUGUCACCUGUAUGUGUGGAAUUUCUAUACUUUGGGUAGUGUGAGCUUUUUAAUGUUUCCAACAUGUUGGACUCUGUCAGUAUCCUGAGCUGUUAAAGGCCAAAUGGCCGCACAUCGAACAUUGGCACGUGGAAGUACCAAUUGGCUUUCAAAAUGGGGUGGGGGGGACAUGCCAAGGUUUGGAAUAAGAAAAUAAAAAAAUAAAAUUCCUUAGUUUCUGUGAAAAAAAUUGUCCAGAAUCUCCAAACAUGUGUUUUUUUUUUCUGUCUUUCUGAUUGGCAUUUGUUCUGUUUAAGGUGUUUUUUUUUUUUUUUUUUUUUUUUUUCUGUCAAUGUCUGGCACAUGGCAAUCUUAAACAUGUGGUUAAUAUCUAUUGUAUUUGCAUAAUGGAAACUCUAGGAUUUGUCCUCUCAGGAGAAGCUGCAAUUGCCCAUGCUAGCAAUAAGUCAUAAUUCCUGCCCUCCAAUCAAAUGGAAAGAGGUAAUUCGCUUGCUCCCUGAGAUGACACCAGAGAUAUUUCGAUUUCAGAUUUGCUUUAUGUUGUAGCUUACAGGCUAUGCACUGCAUGAGAUGACUCAGUUGUGCGUUUAUUGUAUGAUUUUACAAAAAUAAAAAUUUCUGAUGCAAAUUCCUUACAAAUCAAGCAUAAUUUCUGAAAUGUUAGAUGUAGUAACACAAAUGGGUCAAACAUUGUAACAACUGUUCUGGGUGUGACCUGAACUUAAAUGGAGUUGUUUGAAAUGUGUUCACCCCAGUUUGUUUACAAAAUAGAAAUCAUUCUUUACCUAGCAAGUGUCCCUUGUUUUAUUUCCUGUGCUUGCAAUGGGUGC